AUGACUUCAUUUUUGGGUGUGUAUAAGGCUGUAUACUCUUAUCAACCAACAACACCUGAUGAAUUGGCAAUCAAUGAAGGUGAUAUAUUAUAUCUUUUGGAAAAAUCAACAGUUGAUGAUUGGUGGACAGUAAAGAAAAGAGUGAUUGGCACAGAUGUUACAGAACCUGUUGGGUUGGUUCCAAAUAAUUAUGUAGAACCAAUGCAACCUAUCGGCCAAACUGUUGCUCUAUAUGACUAUUUACAAGUUCAGAAUCCCGAAGAAGAGCUAAAAUUUAAAGAAGGCGAUGUCUUUGACUUAUAUGAUGAAAAUGAUCCCGAUUGGUUGCUAUGUAAGAAUGUAACUAACAACGAAUAUGGAUUUGUACCAGGUAAUUAUGUCGAAAAGAGAAUUCCCGGAGCCGCACCAACUCCUGCUGCUGCUGCUUCUAUGACCAAACCACUUCCUGUUGUGACUACACCUGCAAAUGCAAUUUCUUUCCCCCCACCACCACAGAGGAUUGAUAGACCAAGCACUUCUAGUAUUACUCCCAUUACAUCCGAUGUAGUCAUUCAUGAAAAUGAUCAGGCACAACAAGGUUACAACACUGGUGCUUAUGAGGAUGAUGACUUUGCUCUACCACCUCCAAAACCGGCUAGACCCAAUGGUAACAACCAAGAAGAUGAUUUUCUCCCUGCUAAACCAGCUAGACCUGUUUCAAUGGCACCAAGUGAUAAUAUAUAUGGCAAUGAUGAUGUCAAUAAUGCGGAUCCCUAUAAUAGAAAUAUUAACGCGGCAAGCACUCAAUUUCACAGUUGGAUUAUUCAAGAAAUUUUAGGUCGUAAAAAGGUAAAGUGUAAAUUAGCUAUAGGCAAUAACACUAUUUUCUACACCUCAUCUAAUGCCGAUUCAGUCCCUGAACAAUGGAAUGUUGCCGAUUUAGUUAGUUAUGAUAAUGAAAAGAAACAUUUAUUCUUGGAGUUCACUAACCCACCAGCUAGUUUAGAAUUCCAUACUGGCAAUAGUAAAGUUGCUGAUGAGAUUGUUGCUGUUUUGGGCGAGUUGAAGGGUGUCUAUUCUUCUGCUGGUUUAAAAGAAGUCCAAAACGCUACUGCUUCAGGUAAAAAAGCUGGUGGUUUUGGAAAUGGGAGCAAAAAACAAGCUAAAGUGCUUGAAGACUUUAUUGCUGAAGCGCCAAAGGAAAUAUCCGUCACAUCAGGAGAAGUGGUUAAUGUUAUUGACGAUACCUCUUCUAAAAAUUGGACGUUGGUUGAAAUUGUUGAUACUGGUGAAAGAGGUCUGGUUCCAGCAGAUUUUUUGCAUAAUGUUAGCCAAUUGUCUUCUAUGAUGGGUAGUUUGAAAAACAAGUUUACUUCUGCCUCAGUCUCAAGAAGGAAAUCAAUUUUCUCCAAGAAGAAGCCUACUGACAGCAGUUGGAAAGAUGAUGCUGGUCAAGAUUAUGAAGGGUCAAAUAUCAACAAUACUAGGGAUCGUUCUUCUUCUAAUGCCAAUAAAAGGUCCCGUGCCAGAUCAUUUUCAAGAAGCGAUAACAACAACAACAACAACAACAACAAUACUGCUGCUAGAGAUGAAAAUGAUUCUAAAAAAUCCAAACAAUAUCCUAAUCCUGCUAAGACACGUAUGUGGAUGGAUAGAACCGGUUCCUUUAAAGUUGAAGCUGAAUUUGUUGGUUGUGCUGAGGGUAAGAUCCAUUUGCAUAAAGUUAAUGGGGUUAAAAUUGCUGUUCCUGCAGAAAAAUUGAGUGAUAGCGAUUUAUGCUAUGUAGAAAAAGUCACUGGGUUCUCUUUAGAUAGGUACAAAUCUUCCUUAAGUAACGAUUCUGACAAUGCACCUGUUUCUAAUGGUGGUAAUAAUAGUGGGAAUAAUGUUAAUACUGCCGGUAUGUCUGCAAUUGAUAAAGAACGUGAAAGAAGAAGAAGGGCUAAAGACCGCGAAGAGCGUGAAAAGGAUAAACAAUUGAGAGAACAGGAAUUAACUGAGCUAAGAAAAGCUAGUCAGUUAUUGGAUCAACAGAGAGAAGAUUUAAGGUAUGAAAAGGAACAGCAAGAACGCCAAAGAAGGAUGCAGGAAUCUACAGAAGCCAGAGAGUUACCUCCUGCUAAACCACCAAGACCAAGCACCGCUGCUAGUACACCCUCUGUAUCUUCUUCCAACGGAAAACCCAAAUAUGACUGGUUUGAGUUUUUUUUAAACUGUGGUGUGGAUGUAAACAGCUGCCAACGUUAUACUAUUAAUUUUGAUAGAGAAAGUUUGACCGAAGAUAUGCUACCAGAGAUUACUGCAGGAAUGCUAAGAACGUUGGGUUUGCGUGAAGGUGAUAUUAUUAGAGUCAUGAAGUACCUAGACAACAAAUUUGGUAGAAUCCAAGAACAACAACCACAACCUAGCCAAACAUCUGCUGCUGGUGGCAUGUUCUCUGCUCCUGAUGGCUCUUUGAAAAUUAACAAAACUGGUGGUGCUAAUUUACCAACAGAAAAAGUUAGAGAUUCUUUAUUGCCUACUGCCAAUGCCAGUGAGCAAAAGUCGGAUGCUGUAUCUGCAACCAUUGACGACCGUGCUUGGACUGUUAAGCCUGCUGCCGCCACUGCUGCUACCACUGCUCCUGCAGCGCUAAAGUCGGAAUUUCAAAAUUCAAUGCAAGAUUUGUUGGACCUAAAACCUCUAGAGCCUGCAAAGGCCCCAACUCCAAUUCCAUUAAAAGAAUUAGAAGCUAUCAAAACAGGAACCCAGUCAGCACAAGAGCCAAAAUAUACUCCUACUGCUACUGUGAACAAUCCGCCAGAAACUUCUUUAUCUCCUGUCAAAACCGGCGGGAUUGCUCCUUUGAAUCCAUUUAAAACCGGUGGUAACAACAUUUUGCCCAUUAUGGUCAUGCCUAUUGUUACCGGCGGUGUUGGCAUGAUGCCACAAACUACGUUUGGUACAUUAAACCCUGCAUUAACCGGUGGUGCCUUUAAUCCUGCAUUAACCGGUGGUGUUUUAAACCCUGCAUUAACUGGUGGUGCCUUAAACCCUGCGUUAACUGGCGGUGCCUUAAACCCUGCGUUAACUGGCGGUGCCUUAAACCCUGCGUUAACUGGCGGUAUGCCUCAAACCACUUUUGGUGCAUUGAAACCCAUAGCAACCGGUGGAAAUGCUGUUAUUUUGCCCGUUCAAAAAACUGGCGGUGGAUUGGUUCCUAUUAAUACCGGUGGCUUGAUGCCACAAACAACCUUUGGUGCUAGUGCCCCUCAAGUAACCGGUGGUUUACCUCAACCAUCUUUUGCCAAUAAUUUUGCUGUUUCUUCGCAGCUAACUGGUGGCGCCAAUGGUACAAUUCCACAAACUUCAUUUACUAAUAACAACUUAGCAUUUCAACAGAGGACGGGUGGUGCGAUGCCACAAACUUCUUUUGGUCAAAGUGCAGUUGCUCCUGUACUAACCGGUGGACUACCUCAAACGACAUUUGGCAAUACUAUGAACCCUGUCUUAACAGGGGGUGCUUCAGCUUUGACUGGCGGUGCUAAUAUAAUGCCACAGACUUCCUUUGGGGUUCCGCUUCUAACUGGCGGCGCAAAUAUUAUGCCACAAACAUCUUUUGGUGCUCUUACGACAAAUGGUAAUAUGAAUCCAGCUUUAACUGGAGGCAUGAACCCAGCUUUUACUGGUGGUAUGAAUCCAGCUUUUACUGGUGGUAUGAAUCCAGCUUUCACUGGUAAUAUGAAUCCAGCCCUAACUGGAGGCAUGAACCCAGCCUUAACCGGCGGCAUUAUGGCUCCUCAAGCUACAAACACCGGAUUUGUUCCUCAAUCUAAUUUUGGCAUAACAUUACAAAAAACAGGGGGUAUUGCCCCAAUGCCGCAAACAUCUUUUGGUACAUCACAAGUUGGUGGCGGUGUUAACAAUGACCUGUCUGCAUCACUGUCAAAUAUGAACAUUUAUAAUCAUCAACAACCCAUUCAGUCUCAACCAACAGGGUUCGGCUUUGGGAAUGGCCCACAACAGCAACAGCAACAACAACAGCAAGCCAAUUUAUUUAAUGCUACUCCAGAUAAUCCAUUUGGAUUUCAGUAG